AUGAACUUUUUCAGCUCCAGCAAGGUGAAAGACGCGUCCCAGAACACUUUGCCCUUCAUUGAUGUGCAGGAGGUUGUGCCCCAUCCGGCUGUUCCUCUGGCCGGCCUAGGCAUCUUUUACAAGAGUCGUCCUGGUUCCGGAGGCUUCUUUGCCCCCAAGGUUGUUACCUAUGAUUACUCGCAGUAUCUCAGGGAAGCUAAGUUCGUUGUUUCAUCGGUAUAUCGUCCCACGACAUUUGACUACAAUCUCAACUUGGGCUCGGUGGAUCGCAAUCCCAUCAUCGAUGUGGCCAUCGACGGGGCCGACGAGGUGGACUCGAAUAUGGUAUUGAUCAAAGGCGGCGGUGGCUGCCUGCUGCAGGAGAAGGUUGUUGCCUCCUGCGCCAAAAAGUUCAUUGUGGUGGCCGACUACACGAAGAAAUCGUUGCAUCUGGGCGAGCAAUGGUGCAAGGGCGUUCCAAUUGAGGUUGCGCCCAUGGCCCAAGUUCCCAUAAAGCUGCAGAUCGAGGCCAUGUUUGGUGGCGAGGUCGUACUGCGCAUGGCAAAGGUAAAGGCUGGACCCAUUAUAACCGAUAAUGGCAAUUUUCUGCUCGACUGGAAGUUCGUUGGCAAGCGGGAGUACAACUGGGAUGAAGUGAAUCGCGCCAUCACCAUGAUCCCAGGCGUCUUGGAGACGGGACUCUUCGUUGACAUGGCCCACAAGUGCUACUUCGGCAUGGUCGAUGGCAGUGUUAAGGCUCAGUCCAAGUAAAUCUCGUACUAUAUUUCUAUUUUCACAGGGAUUCGUUUAAAAUUAAAUGUUGGCCAUUAAUAAAGGAAUGUGCAUCUUGCAUUUAUCUACGUA